GCCGCCACCACCACAAAACAAAACAAAACAAAAGUGCCUUAAAAUCAUGUGGAGUGGAGGAUUCGUCGGCAACCCUUCAUCUGAUUGAAACCUCUGUAUAGCCUCAAUGCCUUUAUAGUGCUAUACAGUUUGCAAGCGACUCCCUACUCCCCAGGCAGCCAUGGCAAUUUCUUCUUAUACAAAAGAGUACUUAUUGGUGCUCUCUCUGUUAUCUACGGCUGCUGCUUACGCUUUCAUCUUCUCUGAUGAUGCUGAAAGAAGCAGCAGGGGCGAUUUGUUUCGCGAAAUCCUAAGGGAUGAGGCAGUGGCAAGGCUUGAUGAGCUUGGAAAGGUAAGUGAUGCAGAUGGCUAUCUUGAGAGGACGUUCAUGAGCCCAGCUUCUGUGAGUGCAGGAAACAUUAUCCGUGGAUGGAUGGAGGAUGCUGGCUUAAGAACAUGGGUAGACCAGAUGGGCAAUGUACAUGGCCGAGUGGAGGGAAUGAAUGCAAGUGCUGAGGCUCUGUUGAUUGGAUCUCACUUGGAUACUGUUGUUGAUGCUGGGAUAUUCGAUGGCUCAUUGGGCAUAAUCAGUGCAUUAUCUGCACUAAAGGUUUUAAAUACCAAUGGGACAUUGGGAAAACUAAGGCGUCCAGUUGAGGUGAUUGCAUUUAGUGAUGAGGAGGGAGUGAGGUUUCAGUCUACUUUCUUGGGCAGUGCCGCUGUAGCUGGUAUUUUACCGGUUACAGCCUUGCAAAUAUCUGAUAAGAGUGGUUUGACAGUGCAAGAGGCUCUUGAGAAGAACUCCAUAGAAAUUACAGAGAAAAACCUGUUACAGCUCAAGUAUGACCCAGGAUCUGUCUGGGGUUAUAUCGAGAUUCAUAUUGAACAGGGGCCUGUAUUAGAAUGGCUCGGGUUUCCUCUUGGUGUGGUUAAAGGCAUAGCCGGACAGACACGAUUGAAGGUUACUGUGAGAGGUUCACAGGGGCAUGCAGGAACCGUCCCCAUGUCAAUGCGUCAGGAUCCCAUGACAGCCGCUGCUGAACUAAUUGUAUUGUUGGAAAGCCUCUGUAAAAAUCCUAAAGAUUUUCUUAGUUAUGAUAGUCAUUGCAACGACAUAACAGUGGAAUCGCUUUCCAGUUCUCUUGUCUGCACUGUUGGAGAGAUAUCAACAUGGCCAAGUGCAAGUAAUGUCAUUCCUGGCCAGGUGACAUUCACGGUGGAUUUACGAGCAAUGGAUGACUUGGGACGUGAGGCAGUUAUUUAUGGAUUAUCUAAACAGAUUUAUCAAAUAUGUGAAAGGCGAUCAGUUUCUUGUGUCAUUGACCGUAAGCAUGAUGCGAAUGCAGUGAUUUGUGAUUCUGAGUUGAGUUCUCAGCUUAAGUCUGCAGCUUAUUCUGCACUCAAGAAAAUGGCAGGUGAGAUUCAAGAACAGAUACCUGCUUUAAUGAGUGGUGCAGGACAUGAUGCAAUGGCUAUGCAUCACUUAACACAGGUUGGGAUGCUUUUUGUCCGCUGUCGUGGAGGUGUAAGUCAUUCCCCUGCAGAGCACGUAUUGGACGAUGAUGUUUGGGCUGCUGGUUUGGCACUCUUGGCUUUUCUAGAGACACACAUGAUGUAAAUUAUAGGGAAUGUUGACAUUAAUGUACAGUAGAGAAAUCAUUGCAAGCCUCUUCUCUGCAUGAAAUCUUUCAAUUUGAUCAGGCAAUUAGAGAGGCUCUCAAUUCGCAUUAUCAUCUAUAGCUAUAUAUGUUGCAAAGAAUAGAACUUUAUUCUUGUAAAGCCUCAUCAUCAAUUCCUAAUAAAUUGAUAUGUUUAAUCCAA